AUGCAUGCAACUGUUAUAGAUAUUAAUGUAAAUGUUUCUAUGAAAAAAUCUACAAGUUCAGCACCAAAAAAUAAAGUUCGAUCACCAAGUAUUUCAAUGAAUUAUUAUAGUAAUAAACAACAACAAAUAUAUGAUGAUUUAUAUAAUAAACCGAUUAAUAAUUCUUAUCCAAAUUAUUUAAAAAAUAAAAAAAUUUAUACACUUCAACAAAUAUUUGAUAAUGUUGAAUCAAUUCAAAAACAAUAUGAAGAAUUUAUAGAAACUCCAAUAAUAUCUUCAUCUUCAUGUUUUUUUUCAUUUAAACAAAUGAUAAAAAAUUUCAAUUUUUUACGAAAUAAAACAAAUGAACAAAUACAAAAAUCUAAUCAAAUAGAAAAUAAAUCACCAUUUAUUUUUGGUGGUGAAACACUUCAAUGGAUUGCUUUACCUCAGUAUAUUGAUCAUAUUUAUGAAAAUGAACUUAUUCAUUAA